GUCUGUAUAUUGUUGUGAAAUUCAAAGUGUUGGAGGGUUUCGUACUUUUCGCUAGUGAGUUUACAGGUAUUUAAGUGAGUUUUAAAUGGAUCUACCCUGCCAAGAUUGGGUUCGUCAUGUCGAGCAGAAAUGGGCUGAACUGAGAUCGGAAGAAACUGAGCGUUUCUGCCUUCUGACUGAUAUAAACGCCAUAUUCAACUACGGGCUGUCACUAAUAUGUCCGGAGGAUCUCAACACUUUGUCCAGAAUCUCAGAGAAGUUCUCCGUGAAAAAGUCUCCUGAAACAGCUUCUGAGUUUAGACAGCAAGGUAACCUCAGCUUCAAAGUCAAGGAUUACACCGCCGCAGCGCUUCAUUACUCCAAGGGUGUUUGCCAUGCUGACAAGAAUACAGAUGAGCUCUCCUUGUGCUAUGCUAACCGUUCUGCUGCCCUAUUUUACCAAGGCCGUUACCAAGCAUGUCUUGAGGACAUCAAGCGAUCUAUGGAGGCCGGUUACCCAAGCCACCUGCAGGACAAACUACAAACUAGACAAGCCGCCUGCCAGAAUCAGCUGAGAAAAGCUGAAAAACCCAACAAACCAUCUACAGAUCAUCAAUUAUCACCAUGCCAGAAAACUAUAAACUCUACUGCUCAUCUUUUAGAUGGUGUAUCUGUUUAUUUCAGCUCUGACAAAGGUCGCCACAUAUUAAUCAUGGAGAAUAAAUCAGCUGGAGAAGUUGUGCUGGAGGAUGAAGCGUACUGUUCUGUGCUAAUACCAACUAGCACAUUCAAUACAGGAACCAAUAAGGCAGGAAAGACAUUUGGUACUGAAGAUCGACACUGUCACCACUGCCUCAGCCAAUCACUGAGCUUUGUGCCCUGUCCAAAUUGUAGUUACGCUCGAUAUUGUGGAGAGAGCUGUCGAAAAGAAGCAUGGGAUCAAUGGCACCAAUGGGAGUGUCCAGUUGGAGCUGAUCUGCUGGCCAUUGGGGUUUUGGGCCAUUUAGCAAUAAGAGUGGUUCUUAAAGCAGGACAAAAUGAAGUUCAAAUGGUGAAUAAAAACUCAGAAGAGCAUGUGACCACUUAUAAAAAUGAUUCACCAGUCCAGUUGAGUCUCAGAGGGGACUGUAGAAAAAGUUUAGACCAUACAGACUGUUUUCAUGGCAGCUCAUACAUGGGCAUCUACAGCCUUUUACCACAUGUGGCACAACACUCACCUGCUUCACGCUUCUUAUUGGCCAUCACCAUGGCUGUGAUUUACAAGAAGCUCCAAGGUGAACCCCCACCAAGCAUGUGGACAUCUUUCAAGGACGAAGGAGUUAAAGCAAGCUGGCAGCCUGAGAUGAGCAUGCUGGGAGCCACAGCUCUGAGGCAUGUGAUGCAGCUUCGAUGUAAUGCUCAAGCAAUCACUGCUGUUAGGGUCAAAGAAGAAAGUGGCAUUGCUGUUCAGUCCAGUAGUGAAAUCCGUAUUGCCACAGCUAUAUUCCCUGUGCUCAGCCUGCUUAACCACUCCUGCAUUCCAAACACAAGCAUCUCCUUCACUACAGGAUUUAAGCCUGACCCACAUAAUCAGUUGGGCUGUUCUGAAGGUCACUUUGACCAUCCCAAGGGCUCUCGGUCCGGUGUGACGGUCACUGUACGUGCUUCAAAAGACCUCACUGCAGGACAGGAGAUUCUGCACUGUUAUGGCCCUCAUUGUAGCAGGAUGGAGGUGAAGGAGCGUCAGCGCCUCCUGCUGGAGCAGUACUUUUUCCACUGUGUAUGUCAGGCUUGUCAGCGAGACCGGUCAGAAGAUAGCCUGAAUGCAAAAGAACACACAGCAUCAGGGCUGAAGUGUGUGAAAUGUGGAAAACCUCUUCAGUCCCGUAUGGAUGAAUACACAUGCUCUCGGUCGUCCUGCGGUCAUCAGAUCAGCAGUGCUGAUGUGCAAAACAGACUUCAGGGUUUUCAGCUUCUUUUGGAUGAAGCCGUUCAUCUCAUGGAGCAUGACAGAUUAAAUGAAGCCUUGCACAUCCUCCAAUCAGCUUUUUCUCAGGCAAGCAGUAUCCUGACAGAGACUCAUCCUCUCCAAGGAGAGCUAGCAGAUGCUCUGGCUCGACUGUAUGCCAGCACAGGUGAAUGGAGUCUGGCUGCAUCUCAUCUGAAGCGCAGUAUUGUUGCCAUUCAGGCUCAGUUUGGAGAGGACAGCAUUGAGCUGGGACGACAGCUUUUUAAAUUAGCUCAGCUACAUUUUAACGGAAGGGAGGGUGUUGCGGCUCUCUCUGUGAUUUCCAGAGCCCGAAGGCUGCUCUCUCUCCACUGCGGCCCUCACUGUGAAGACCUGCAGGAACUGAGUGAAAUGGAGUACUGUCUGCGAGGGCUGCUAUGAAAUAAUCACUGAAAAUUGACAAGCUUCUUUUUUUAGUAUACUGUGUGUAAAAUCGGAUUAAAAACCACGAAUUAA